UCCGCCUCUCCUUCUCGAGCUAGCCAAGUAUCUUGGCAAAUUGGAAUUCCACUCCAUGAAAAAUUAUUAGUUGUGACGGGAUAGUUUCAGAUAUCCCCGUCUGUUACCAGAUCGGCUGAGCAAGCGCCGCCACGUUUUUGAGGUAUUACAGUCAUCCGCGGCGAAGCGAGAGCUCCUCUCAUUCUCCAUCUUUCUGAGGAAAAAGUACGGGAAGCGAGAAAGAAACGGGGGAGAAAAGGAAGAAGAAUGGCCGCCUUCUACGAUCUCGCCGCCUUCUACCAAGUCCGGCCCUCCUCUUCCUCCCCCUCCCGGCCCUUCUCCAGGCCCUUCCCCUCAUCGCUCGCAUGCCGCGCCACCGCCUCCCCCUCCUCCACCGUCGUGCUUCCCGCCGGCGACGUGGAGGCUCUCCCGCCGGAGCGUACCGCGGUCCGCCUCGGCCUCCCCAGCAAGGGCCGCAUGGCUGAUGAAACCCUUAGUCUCCUCAAGAAUUGCCAGCUUUCUGUUAGGCAGGUGAAUCCGCGGCAGUAUAUUGCAGACAUUCCGCAGCUCUCAAACUUGGAGGUGUGGUUUCAGCGUCCUAAAGAUAUAGUUCGCAAAUUACGGUCAGGAGACUUAGACAUUGGUAUUGUGGGUUUUGACACUGUCAGCGAAUAUGGAGAGGGAAAUGAGGAUUUAAUCAUAGUUCAUGAGGCACUCGAGUAUGGAGCCUGUCGUUUAUCACUUGCAAUUCCCAAGUAUGGAAUUUUUGAAAAUAUAAAUUCCCUGCAUGAAUUAGCAGAAAUGCCUCAGUGGACAAAGGAAAGGCCUUUACGUAUAGUGACUGGGUUUUCAUAUCUGGGCCCGAAAUUUUUGAAAGAGAGAGGUUUGGAGCAUGUCAGUUUCUCAACUGCUGAUGGAGCACUUGAGGCAGCCCCUGCGAUGGGCAUAGCUGAUGCUAUUGUCGAUCUUGUGAGUAGUGGAACGACCUUGCGUGAAAAUGAUCUGAAAGAAAUUGAAGGUGGGGUAGUUUUAGAAAGCCAAGCUGUUCUUGUUGCUAGCAGGAGAUCCUUAAACACUCGGCAAGGUGUAUUAGAGAUUACUCAUGAAAUUCUUGAAAGACUAGAGGCACACUUGAGGGCAACUGGGCAAGUUACGGUGGUUGCAAACAUGAGGGGAAACAGUGCAGAAGAAGUGGCAGAGAGAAUUCUUAGCCAGACAUCUUUAUCUGGGCUGCAGGGGCCUACUAUAAGUCCAGUGUAUUGUAAACGUGAUGGCAAGAUUGUAGUGGAGUACUAUGCAAUUGUCAUAUGUGUGCCCCAAAAGGCACUUUAUAAGUCUGUCAAGCAACUGAGAUCUAUUGGUGGCAGUGGAGUCUUGGUCUCUGACUUGACCUACAUUUUCGAGGAAGAGACUCCCAGAUGGCGCAAACUUCUUUCUCAACUUGGAUUAUGACCUUUUAAGCACCAAUAGCUCUCAGUGUUCAUCAUUAGUUUUUUAUAGCGAUAAUGGUAGUCAGAGUUCUGAUCAGACAUUGAGCUAGGUAAUGCUAUUUGUGGCUUACAAGCUCAUUAGAGCUGAUAAAUCUUUGAUUCCACAGUGCCCCUAGAUCAGAGCCAUCACUGUUUGACAAGAACCGCAAGUGGAAAUGUGAUUCUUAUGCAAGGGUAGUGCCCGCUAGUUUAUUAGUAGUCAGCUUUGGUUCCUUGUAUUAUUUGUAUAACAGGAAAGUAUUACUAUCUUGUUGCAGUGUAGUUUUGAUUUAUUGUAGCUGGUCGAUGUUGCGGUCAUUUGUUGUUGCAUGGAAUAAUUUUGUUGUAAUUUUGUUGUAAUUUUGGUUACUGGUGGACUGGUAUGAUGCGUUUUUAUUUGGUUUAAGAUAGCAUGGUUUCAUUCACAUUGGGUACUUAAUGUAUUACGCUCAGAA